AUGGAACUCUCUUCCUCAUUUUCACUCUCCCCAAAACCAUCCUCAUCCUCACCAACUAACUUCUCUUUCUCAUCUUCCUUCUCUCCAUUUCCCAUCCAAAUUCUAAUAAAAAACUCCAAACCCCAUAACCACUCUCAUCAAACCCUACGCGUUCUCGCUGUCAGCAUAGACUCAACAAAAGAAUUCCCUAAAAACAAUCCUCAACAACUUCUAAAAGAACUCGCAGAACGCAAAAAAAUCACCUCACCAAAAUCAAAAUCCCCUUCAAGAAGGUUCAUCUUAAAACCCCCACUAGAUGACAAAAAAUUAGCAGAAAGGUUUCUCAAUAGUCCCCAAUUGUCUCUCAAAUCGUUUCCUUUAUUGAGUUCUUGUUUACCGUCUUCGCGGUUUAGCAAUGCCGAUAAAUUAUGGAUUGAUGAGUAUUUACUCGAGGCGAAACAAGCGCUCGGGUACUCGCUUGAGCCGUCGGAGAUGUUAGAGGAUGAUAAUCCGGCCAAACAGUUUGAUACUUUGUUGUAUUUGGCGUUUCAGCAUCCUUCGUGUGAGAGAACGAAGGCGAGACAUGUUAAGUCCGGGCAUUCGAGGUUGGGUUUUUUGGGGCAGUUUGUGCUUGAAUUGGCAUUGGCGGAAUUUUUCUUGCAGAAGUAUCCGAGGGAAACGCCGGGGCCGAUGAGGGAGAGAGUUUUUGGGUUGAUUGGGAAGGAGAAUUUGCCUAAGUGGAUUAAAGCUGCUAGUUUGCAGAAUUUGAUAUUUCCUUUUGAUAAUAUGGAUAGGAUGGUGAGAAGGGAUAGAGAGGGAUCUGUCAAGUCGGUGUUUUGGGCUUUGUUUGGGGCAAUAUAUCUUUGCUUUGGUCUUCCAGAAGUCUAUCGUGUUCUUUUUGAAGUCUUUGGAAUGGAUCCAGAUGAUGAGGAUUGCCUGCCCAAGUUGCGCAGACAACUUGAAGAUGUGGAUUAUGUAUCUGCUGAGUUUGAAAGCAAGCUAAACUGGCAAGAUAUUGUUGCUUAUAAGCCUCCUGCAGAUGCUCUGUUUUCUCAUCCAAGGCUGUUUAGAGCUUGUGUUCCUCCUGGCAUGCAUCGGUUCAGAGGAAAUAUAUGGGAUUAUGAUAGUAGACCCCAAGUUAUGAGAACACUUGGAUAUCCACUAGAAAUGACGGACAGAAUUCCAGAAAUUACUGAAGCCAGGAACGUAGAGCUUGGACUUGGAUUGCAGCUUUGUUUUCUGCAUCCAUCGAAGUUUAAGUUUGAGCAUCCUAGAUUUUGCUUUGAGAGAUUGGAAUACGUUGGCCAAAAGAUACAGGAUUUGGUGAUGGCUGAAAGAUUGUUGAUGAAGCAUUUAGAUGCUCCUGGGCUGUGGCUACAAGAGAAACAUCGCCGCAUUCUUAUGAACAAAUAUUGUGGAAGAUAUUUGAGGGCCAAACAUCUUCACAAGUUUAUUAUAUAUGAUGAUAAGGUGCAAGACGCUUAUGAGCGCAACCGGAGACGGAGAAAUCCAGCCACAACAGCUGUUAAUCAAGCUAUUCACGGGCUCUCAUAUCUUGUUUAUGGGAAACGCGAUGUGAGACGUCUGAUGUUUGAGUUUUUUGACUUCGAGCAAGUUCAACCUAAAGAGGUCUAA